AUGGAAGCUACACAGAAACAUAUCAUUCAAGAAGGAUCUUCAAUGUUUUAUCAUCACCAACCAUCUUCAGUCCAACAACAAAUGGACCUCUCUGUUCAAACAUUUGAUUCUUACUGCACACUUGAAUCCUCUUCAGGCACCAAGUCUCAUCCUUGCCCUAACACCAACAACAACAACAACAAGACUUCUUCAACCACAAGCUUCUCCUCUAACGGAAGUCCCAUCUCUCAAUCCAACAACAACAACAAGUUCUCCGAGUUUAACCAUUCCCCUGACGACAACAACACCAACAACAACAACUCUCCUCUCAGCGGAUCUUCAGCGACGAACAACAACGAGACAGAGCUCAGUCUCAUGCUCAAAGACUUGGAAACCGCAAUGAUGGAGCCUGACUUAGACACUUAUGACGACGACCACCAAUCCGGGUUUGUCGGACAGCAGCAGCAACACAGAGUCCUUUCCUCAGCUAUGUACAGAUCCAUGGAGAUGAUCUCCAGAGGAGACUUAAAAGGAACUCUCUACGAAUGCGCUAAAGCUGUCGAGAACUACGACCUGACAAUGACAGAUUGGUUGAUCUCUCAGUUGCAGCAAAUGGUUUCUGUCUCCGGCGAGCCUGUUCAACGCUUAGGAGCUUACAUGCUCGAAGGUCUCAUCGCUCGGCUAGCUUCUUCCGGCAGCUCAAUCUACAAAGCUCUGAGAUGCAAAGACCCUACAGGUCCUGAGCUUCUUACUUACAUGCACAUCUUGUACGAAGCUUGCCCUUACUUCAAAUUCGGUUACGAGUCUGCUAACGGAGCUAUAGCUGAAGCUGUCAAGAACGAGAGCUUUGUCCACAUCAUCGAUUUUCAAAUCUCUCAGGGAGGUCAGUGGGUGAGUUUGAUCCGUGCUCUCGGUGCUCGUCCUGGUGGACCACCGAGAGUUCGGAUAACCGGGAUCGAUGAUCCGAGAUCUUCGUUUGCUCGGCAGGGAGGGCUUGAGUUGGUUGGACAACGGCUCGGGAAGCUAGCGGAGAUGUGCGGUGUGCCGUUUGAGUUUCACGGAGCUGCCUUGUGUUGCACGGAAGUUGAGAUCGAGAAGCUUGGAGUUAGGAACGGCGAAGCGCUCGCGGUUAACUUCCCGUUAGUGCUUCACCACAUGCCUGACGAGAGCGUGACGGUGGAGAAUCACAGGGACAGGCUGUUGAGGCUGGUGAAGCGUUUGUCGCCGAGCGUUGUGACGCUCGUGGAGCAGGAAGCGAACACGAACACGGCGCCGUUUCUUCCGAGGUUCGUGGAGACGAUGAACCAUUACCUGGCGGUUUUCGAGUCGAUCGAUGUGAAGCUGGCGAGGGAUCACAAGGAGAGGAUCAAUGUGGAGCAGCAUUGUUUGGCUAGAGAGGUUGUGAAUCUUAUAGCCUGCGAAGGGGUCGAGAGAGAAGAGAGGCAUGAGCCGUUGGGGAAGUGGCGGUCGAGGUUUCACAUGGCCGGGUUUAAACCGUAUCCGUUGAGCUCUUAUGUGAACGCAACGAUCAAAGGGUUGCUUGAGAGUUAUUCGGAGAAGUAUACGCUUGAAGAGAGAGAUGGAGCUUUGUAUUUAGGGUGGAAGAAUCAGCCUCUCAUCACUUCUUGUGCUUGGAGGUAA